UCGAGACCAGCCCGGCGCGGGCACGAGCGGGACCCACGGGCGCGCACCCGCCCGCGCCCCAGCGCCGGCCGCAGGCGGAGGUGCCGGGAAGGCCAUGGAGGCGGCGGUGCCGGCGGAGGAGUCGCUGGUGCUGGUGGAGUACGGCUUCGAGUACCGCGCCAAGGACGGCACCUUGGUCUCCAUCAAACCCAACGAGCGCUACAUCCUCCUCAAACGCACCAACCCCCACUGGUGGCACGUCCGGCGGAGCGGGGACGCCCGGCCCUUCUACAUCCCGGCCCAGUACGUCAAGGAGCUGCCCCCCAUCGCCUCCCCAGCCCCGCUCGAUCCCCCGCCGUCGGGACAUGUCGCGGCGGAGCCGGCCCCGCUCGUCCCCCAGCACCCACCAGCCUACGAGUAUCGGUUCGUCAGUGCCACCGAGCCGGGGGAGCCAUCGGGGGGGUGCCCGGUACCCCGGGGGGACUCGGUGCCAAGGAGGGACUCGGUGCCCAGGAGGGACUCGGUGCCCAGGAGGGACUCGGUGCCCAGGAGGGACUCGGUGCUCCAGAGGGAUUCCCCGCCGUCACUCAGCUCUUUUCGGGUCCCCUCGGGGCUGACCCCCAAGCCCGCCGAGCCCGUGAGACCUUCGCACUCCCUGGAUGACCUGGCGCGGGUGACACGGGCACCACGCGGUGCCACCACCACGGGGGCUCGCGGGGACUCGCCAGGACACGCUCGGCCGCUCGGGAAGAGCCGCUCCGAGACGCUCUGCGCCCCCGGCAAGGACAGGGAUGUGGCCAGGAGGUGGCCAGGGGCCGGCCCUGCGGCUCAGGCGCGCAAGGAGCCGGAGGAGCCGCCUGAUCCCAUCUACCUCAACAUCCAGGAGCUGCGGGAAGAAGCCGCCGCUGCCGGCUCGGUGCCGGAGGAGCCCGGCGGCUCCGUGUCGGACUGGGAAACACACACGGACACGGAGAGUGGACAUUUGUUUUAUUAUAACCCCCUGACGGGCCAGACCACGUGGGAUUGUCCCUUUGGGCAGGCGGCCGACGGAGUGAGUCCCGCCGCCUCUCCCGCCUCCUCGCUCGCACACAGCCCGGAGUUUCCCGCCUGGGAACAGCACGUGGAUGAAGGAAGCGGCCAGACCUUUUUCUAUAAUUCGGUAACAGGUGAGACGUCGUGGGACCCCCCCAGUGCGGGAGACACAGGCAGCCCCCAGGAUAUGUACCCUGGGGGGACGCGGUACAGCCCCACGGAGCAGAGGCCGCCCACUCCAGAAACGGACUAUCCCGACCUGUCUCCAGAUGAGCUGGAGGGUUAUCCCGAGGAGGAUUACUCGCCCGUGGGCUCCUAUGACCAGGGAGCCACUCCCUCCUUGUCCCCGAGGCGCCCUGAGGAGCUGGGCUCACCCCCGGGCUGGUACGGGCACAGCCACCACGAGGGAGUCGUGUUCUACCCUGAGCACUUCUCUGACACGGUGCCAUCAGGUGGCCACCACCACCGUGCCAGCAGCAGCUCCAGCCAGGACAGCGGGCUCUUCGCCUGGCACAGCACCGUGUCACCGGCACUGGGCAUCAAGGAGGAGAAGUUUAAAAGCCUCGAAAAAGCCGGGGUGCUCAACCGGACCAAGACGGUGGACAGAGGGAAGCGGCUCCGGAAGAACUGGAGCUCCUCCUGGACGGUGCUGGAGGGGGGGAUCCUCACCUUCUUCAAGGACUCCAAGCACUCGGCUGCCGGUGGCUUGCGGCACCCCAGCACCCUGACCACCCCCGAGCACACGGUGGAGCUGCGCGGGGCCACCCUGGCCUGGGCCAGCAGGGACAAGUCCAGCAAGAAGAACGUCCUGGAGCUGAGGACGCGCGAGGGCUCGGAAUUCCUCAUCCAGCAUGACUCGGAGCAGAUCAUCAGCGCCUGGCACAGGGCCAUCGCCGACAGCAUCGGCCGGCGGGGCUCCGACAUCCCCGGAGAGGAGGACGCCGAGAGCGGGGCUGAGCUCGGCUCCCGGGAGAAGCUGGGGAGCGGCGAGGAGAGGAGGGCGGGUGAGCUGGGACGCCCUGGGGUGGGCACCCAUGUCCCUGGAGCUGGGACAUGGCAGGAGCCCCCUCGGGACGGGGCUGACCCGUGCCCUGCUCCCCCAGUGGCCGGGCAGGUGGCAGGCAGCGCCAGCGCCGAGAGCGACUCCAACAGAGUACGGAACAAACUCCGCAAGUUCCUGCAGAGGCGGCCGACCCUGCAGAGCCUGAGGGAGAGGGGCUACAUCAAAGACCAGGUUUUUGGCUGCUCGCUGCUGGCGCUGUGCGAGCGGGAGCGGGGGACGGUGCCGCGCUUCGUCCUGCAGUGCAUCCAGACCGUGGAGAGGAGAGGUCUGGACAUCGAUGGGCUGUACCGGGUCAGUGGCAACCUGGCCAUCAUCCAGAAGCUGCGCUACAAGGUGGAGCACGACGAGCAGCUGGACCUGGAUGACGGGCGCUGGGAGGACAUCCACGUUGUCACCGGGGCGCUGAAGCUCUUCCUGAGGGAGCUGCCGGAGCCACUCGUCCCCUUCAGCCACUUCGACAAGUUCAUCGCUGCCAUCAAGAUCCAGGACCCGGCCAUGCGGGGCCGGUGCAUCCGGGACCUGGUGCUGUCCCUCCCGCCCGCCCACCACGACACCAUGAAGGUCCUUUUCCGCCACCUCUGCAGGGUGAUCGAGCACAAGGAGGAGAACAGGAUGUCGGUGCAGAGCGUCGCCAUCGUCUUCGGGCCCACCCUGCUGCGGCCGGCGAGCGAGGAGAGCAACAUGGCCAUGCACAUGGUCUUCCAGAACCAGGUGGUGGAGCACAUCCUCAACCACUACAGCUACAUCUUCCCGGAUGGAUAAACCCCCAGGACACACCCUCGGCAGUGGGGACUCGACGGAGCGGCGUCUCCAGGAAGGACCCAGGCGUGUGUCACCUCGGACGAUGGGAGGUGGCCGUGGCUCCACGGAGGACAGAAUGGUGGCCCAGCUCGAGGGAUGGGCACCCCGAGGGGUCCUCCUCAGCCACCCACUCCCACUGGGGUCAGAUCCACCCCAGGGGGCCGUGGGGUUUGCGGGGUCCCCACUGGGCAGUGGACUGUGGAGCCCUGCAGGCCGCAGCUCG